CACACAUGACAUGAUUAACAUCAUAGAUGCAUUCUCCAUGGACGAGAAGAAAGAGAAGGAUCCCAGCGAGAUAAUCAUGGCAGCAAUCUACUCCCUCAACACCCACCAAUUCUCCGAUCUGAUGAACUCUGUCUCGUCGGAGUUCCGACGUCAUGACCACCACCUCUGUUCCCUUCUCCGCUCCUCCACGCGCUUCCCACUAACUCUCCUCCACCUCCAAACCAUUUCCCUUCACCACAAAGCCCUCUUAAUAGCUCGUUAUCUCCUAUCCACCCUCACACACCUCACACACUUCUUGGAAACCUCCCCUUCCUCCUCCUCCUCCCUCAAAUUGAACUUGAGAGACCUCGACGCUGCCUUGCUUCUCAUGCUGCUCUGCGAAGUUCAUCAGCAGGCACCCCAAGCUUUACAGGGUUCUCCAGCCGAAUGGCACAUAGUUCUCAACGACUACGUAGUGCGUAGUCGCUUGUUGACGUUGGCCGGUCUUGGAGUGUCUAGUAGUGCUGUCUUGACUCCGUAUGUCGAUUUAACGAUAAAGUGCCGGAGGUUUCUUGAUGCAGUAGGUUGUGGUGAUGAGAUGGUGAGGGAGGUGGCGGCGUCGGUGGCAGCGGUGGUGGUGUUGCCGUCAGUGGAGAUAGGUGGUUGUGGUGGUGUGGAGUGUGUCAUAUGCAGGGAAGAGAUUAGGGAAGGGAGGGAGAUGUGUGGAUUGCCAUGUGAACACUUGUUUCAUUGGAUGUGUGUGGUGCCAUGGCUGAAGAAGAGGAACACUUGUCCUUGCUGCCGCUUUCAGCUUCCCACCGACGAUGUCUUCGGUGAGAUUCAGAGGUUGUGGGGGAUUCUCAUCACCAAAAAUGGAAUGAACUCUGUGAAGAUAUAGAAGAAUUACUAUCUUUGAUGCCAAAGAAUGU